AUGGAGGGACUUCUAACGGCUGUGAAAACAGUCAAGCGAGACCCUGAGUCUUCAUUGGAGCCUACUGCCGAGUCCCAGGACCGCAAUGAUACUCCCACAAAACCCAGCUUGGAUCUGGAUCGGCAUGAUCUAGCAUCGUCGCAGAUUAUAGAUGGACUUAGGUCCAACCCUGAUCGCGAGCAACUGUCUACAAUACUUUACGCACUGGAUCCAUUCAAUGCUUCCAGAAAGCCAACAGAUUUCGACCUUCGCGUCCCCAGUCCCACCACCGCUCAGAUCCUCCAGUUGUUAGUCAGCACCACCAUCCCGGAUCAUUGGGAAUUACUGGAUGCAAAGGAGAGAAGGACAAAGGAUUCUAAGACUCGAGCUGCUUUAUUGAGGUGUCUGAGCAGUGUUGCCGGUUUGGGCUCCUUGGUGGCUCAGCUACGAUCUCUCAUUCCUGCUGCCAAAGCUUCGGCCCAACAAACCACAGACUCGAGCAACCGGGUCGUCAUUCGAGAUAUUGUGGCGUUUCUUGCUGCUUUGUUGGAGCCUAAAGAUUUCUUGUUGCGUCUAUACUCCGACAUCUGCGUUGUUUAUAACAAUAAAACCCGCCAGCAAGUCGCAUGGAGAGAGCUCGUGUCGCUCAUUGCCGCCGGCAGAAUUCUCUCGACCGCAGCCGAAGCUUUGACUGUUUUUGAUGUUGACUCUACAUCUUCCAUCUCCUGGGUCGGCGAUGGUACCAAGUAUGCGUCUUGGCUGGGUGGCAACAUCUGUCAUUUGGUUGUGAAGCUCGAGCCAGACAAUGAGAAUGACUGGGGCUCGGCCGCCUUGCUGACAGGACGAGCGCUGAGCCUUGGAUAUGCCGAUCAAUUGGUCAGGGAAAUAUAUGCCGGCCUUCUACUUGACCAAUCUCGCCCGGAAAAGUUUAGCUUGCUUUUGAACCAUCUCAGACAAACGGAACAGCUUGCAGUCAUUGAGGCUGUCUUCCGGGAUAUUCAGAAAAAGCACUUCUCGGGUGAACUGCCUGGUAUGGUCGGGCAGCGAACCUCUCCUAGCGAAGUCAUCAAGGGAGUGGCAGCAUUGUGUUCGGGGGUAAUCGGUGAUCGGCCAUUCUUAAAGAUCCAGGUUAUGGAUUGGCUCUCAAAGAGUCAAGGUGGCUCAAUCCAAACAUUGGGGUUGCGGCGGGCUCUCCUAGCCACGUACAAUGACCCUGAUGCACUUAGGUCCUUGCUCACACGCAGCUUGGAACAGUUCGGCGACAAGUUCUACAUCAAGCAUGUCCCUAGCAUGGUGCAAAAUGCAAACACACAAGUCAUUCUUCUAGCUGCAGGGCACCUUCACCGGUUAGAUCCAAGUCAGGUGAAAGAAGUUGGCCGCUCGGGAGUCUUCUUAAACGCUGUCUCUAAUCGACUGGCAGCAUCAUCGAACAAAUCCCGGUUCCUGGGCAUGGUGGUGGGGACGGGAAUGUCAGGGCUAAUCGAAGAACCAGGCAAGGCCAUGAAAUUUGACCUCGAAGAAAUGCAGAGCGAUGAAGCGCACUGGUAUCUUAGUUUGGCCAAAAUCACAGAUACGGUUGGGACCUUGGAAUCGCUCGAGACACUGCAAAAGCCAACAACACACCAACGAAGUGGAAAUGCGCUGCCCAAGCGCACAGCAAAGGCCAGAGACCGCCCUAGUCAACCACAAACCAGCAAAAUCGUCUCCAUCGAAGAAAUACCGGAUAGCGACGAAUCAGAUGAAGAUGUUGAUUUGAUUCCAUAUGAGAAACCUGACGAUGAUGCGUCGGAUUCCGACGAGGAUCCCACGCUUGUUCAGCGCAACAAGCCAACAGCGCCAGUGUACAUUCGCGAUUUGAUCACAUUUCUCCGAGACACUGAAAACGUCGAGAGACAUCAUCUGGCCAUCACCACGGCGCCAUCUUUAAUCCGACGCAAGACAGGCUUUGGCACUGAACUCGCCGAGCAAAUCGAGGAGCUGGCGCUCACUCUCGUGGGUUUGCAAAACGACAAUAAUCACCCGAAAUUCCACGAAGCUCGUCUCCAGAGCAUGAUUACAUUGAUCGUAUCCCAGCCUCUCAAAAUGGGCCGCUGGUUCACGGCCAUCUUCUUCGACGGCGACCUCUCUCAGGUCCAGCGGUCUGCCGUACUCACGGCCUUGGGUCUAUGUGCUCGCGAGAUAGCAGGAAAUGGAGAGGAUGAUGCUCGUGCACUGGGCCUUCCAUCUACGGGUGACACUUCGUUCCCAUCCAAGCGGCUAUCGCCCACCUUAGAAGCCAUGUACCUGGGCGCGAACGAGUCCCCUAUCGCGACGCUCACUGACAAGAUGUCCCGGACAUCGCUGCAACCAAUGGCAGCCAAUGCGGCCGACGCUCUUACCGGGCCGGACGCUCUCAAAGUGCGCACGUUUUCGUCACGCAUGGAAGUCGAGAAGAAACGUCAACAGCGAGAUACACAGCGACAGAAGUCCACAGCCAAGGAUCUGCACAAGGUGCUGGCCGAGGGAUUCUUCUAUCCGUUGCAAGGCCGAUUCGAGAUCAUGAUGCUGCAGUUUUCUUCAUCAUCUGCACCCUCCUACAACCCCUUCUUCAUCCCACAUCUCCUCACCCUUUUCCUCCAAACCCUCUCUCUCAUACUCUCCACAACGGGCCCACACACCCCCUUCCUCGCAGGCCUCACCCACGAAACGCUCUCACUCCUCCUCUCUCUACACGCAGCCGCCGCAUCCAGCGAGCCCACCGUCAGCGCCGCGCUGCUGGUUCUUUUCCUGUCCAUCGUCGAUUUGAAUAUCGCAUCUGGCUCGAACGGCGAAGAGCGCCUUGUCACCGAGUACGCGGCGCAGGUCAUCGAGCUGCGCGAGUGGGCGUCUGCCGUCUUUGACCGGACACCUGUUGGGGCCGUGGCGUCAGACCCUGCUGCUGCGGCGGCUGAUCCACAGGAGCGUGUGCGGACGUUGGCUGCUGGGGUGAUGGUUCGGCUUGGGGAGGUUAUGGAGCGGUAUCAGGGUCGGUUGAUGGGGGUUCAUGCUGGAUUCCAGUACUAG